AUGUACAGAAUAAGGAACAUAUCUAACGGUUUGAUAAAACAAAUUCAUUAUCGUUACUCCACACAGAAAGUCACAGAUGGAAAUAGUCGAAACACAAAUAAAUCUGUGCCAGAAAAGGAUAUAAAUAGCUUAAAAUUUACAAAUUUGAGAAACAAAAGGGUUAGACCAACCGAAAUAACUCUCAAAUCAGACAAAUUCAUGAGAAGACCCUUCACUAAAAUGCCAACAGCUAAAUUCUCAACUUCAUCGGCACUGCAAAAUCAAGAACCCUGCAAGAUUGUUCCUUGCAAGCCAAAAACGGAAAAUCCUUGCAAAACUAAAACGGAAAAUCCUUGCAAACCUAAAAAGGAUACUUCCUGCAAACCUAAAAUUGAAAAUCCGUGCAAGACAAAAACAGAGAGUCCUUGCAAGACAGAAACUAAGACAGAUUGUCCUUGCAAGGCCAUGCCUUAUUUCCGCUUCCCAAGCACUGUUUCCCGGUUAAUUACUACAAAUACAGAAGAAAAGCAUGUAUCAGAAGCUAAGAAGAUCAAGGAAAGUGAGAAGAAAGUGGAAUUUGUGAAUGAGGAUAAUAAAAAAGAAAGGGAUGGUCAGCUCGCCUUGAAAUCAGUGCGAUUAGGAGCUUGUACGUUUUUGAGAGUACCAUCGGCGAAUUUCUCAACCACGUCAGUGGCAGCGGAUGAUGUGUGUUCCAAGAUUGGAGAUAAAGAUAAAGAUAGUGCUCCCAGUGGAACCGGGGAACCUCCGAAAUCUGCCACCGCUGGCUCCCAAGGAACCAUUAUAGCUGUUAUCGGAGCUGUUGUCGAUGUGAAGUUUGAGAAGAAUCUCCCGCCAAUACUCAACGCACUAGAAGUGCCCGGAAGAAAGCCUCGUUUAAUACUGGAAGUCGCCCAACAUCUUGGUGAAAGCACGUGUCGUACAAUCGCCAUGGAUGGUACAGAAGGUUUGGUCAGAGGGCAGCCGAUAGUGGACACUGGAGCUCCCAUCACCAUUCCCGUGGGAGAACCAACUUUGGGCAGAAUUAUUAACGUCAUCGGGGAGCCAAUAGACGAGCGUGGUCCCAUAGCAACUGAUCAGUUUGCUCCUAUCCACGCGGACGCCCCGCCUUUCGUGGAGAUGUCCGUGGAACAAGAAAUAUUGGUGACUGGCAUCAAAGUUGUUGAUCUUCUAGCCCCUUACGUUAAAGGUGGUAAAAUCGGUCUAUUCGGUGGCGCUGGUGUCGGAAAAACUGUCCUGAUCAUGGAACUCAUCAAUAACGUUGCCAAAGCUCACGGUGGAUUUUCGGUAUUCGCUGGAGUCGGCGAACGGACCCGGGAAGGUAAUGAUCUAUACAAUGAGAUGAAAGUCGGUGGUGUUAUAAAAGAAGAUUAUAAGUCAUCAAAAGUGGCGCUAGUGUACGGUCAGAUGAACGAGCCACCCGGUGCAAGGGCUCGUGUCGCCCUCACUGGACUGACCCUCGCUGAACACUUCAGGGACAAGGAAGGACAGGAUGUACUGCUGUUUGUUGAUAACAUCUUCAGAUUCACUCAAGCUGGUUCCGAGGUAUCAGCGUUGCUGGGUCGUAUACCAUCCGCUGUGGGCUACCAGCCGACCCUCGCUACUGACAUGGGCACCAUGCAAGAGAGAAUCACGACUACGAAGACUGGAUCUAUAACUAGUGUUCAGGCGGUGUAUGUGCCAGCUGAUGAUCUAACUGACCCAGCACCAGCCACCACCUUCGCUCAUCUCGACGCCACUACAGUACUGUCUCGUGCUAUCGCCGAGCUUGGUGUGUACCCAGCCGUGGAUCCAUUAGACUCUACAUCAAGAGUUAUGGACCCAAAUAUCAUUGGAGCUGAGCAUUAUGGAGUGGCGAGAGGCGUGCAGAAGAUAUUACAGGACUACAAGUCGUUACAAGACAUCAUCGCCAUCUUGGGCAUGGAUGAACUGUCUGAAGAUGAUAAGCUGACUGUUGCGAGGGCGAGGAAGAUACAGAGGUUUCUAUCACAACCCUUCCAGGUGGCAGAAGUGUUUACAGGUCACAUCGGGAAGAUGGUUAAACUGGAGGAGACCAUUAAAGGAUUUAAAAGGAUUCUGAUGGGUGAAUUGGACCACAUUCCCGAAGCUGCUUUCUACAUGGUGGGCACCAUAGAAGACGUGAUCGCCAAGUCCCAAGCUCUAGCCAAAUCUGUCUAG